AUGCCGCCUGGGGCCGCCACCGAACCGACUGAGGUCGACCCUUGCGCGAAAAUGCCGAAGCGUAGGGCCGAGCUGUCCCUCGAGGCCGAGUACCAGGCCAAGGUGCACAAAGCGGUCCUCAACAAGCAGAUCACCUACGAUGUGGACUGGAUCUGGGGCCUCCUCAAGGAGAAGCACGCCGCCGAAGCACCCGCGCGCCUGGCGUCGCUGCUCUCCCACCACACAGCCAACAGCGACCUGCUCUGGCAGCCGCCCCUGGAGCUGCGCCCCAGGAAGGCCAACUCGCGCUUCAAGCCCUCCCAGACGUCGAAGAACUUCCUCCUGCGGUUCAUCAACCCCCAGCGCAGCACCAUUCGCGCUCUCACGGACAGGCCCUCGGUCGUCGAAGCCCUCGCACGCACGAAGCCGUCCGGGGUUGUGUACGUGUGGAUCAGGGUGCAGCAGACGACCCCGGUGAGCCUGCUGCGGCUGGAGCGCCUCCAGGACGACUGCACGCCGUGGGCUCUCCUCGAGACCCCCGAGGCUCUCACCACGAUCGUCGAGCACCUGGGUCAACAGCACUGGUACAACUUGAAGGAGGCGGGUGCCUGCACCGAGGACCGCGAGGGGUUCCUGGAGGCCCUGGAGGAGCCGGUGGUGGAGGACGAGGAGGAAGAGGAAGAGGAAGAGAGCACCUAUGACAGCACGGAGGCCUCUACUGCAUCGAUCACAGGGUUCAGCGCGCUCGAGCUGACCGAGGAAGGGGAUUGA